UGCAGUGCGGGCAAACCUACCCCAUGCCUUCCCCCCAACUCCGUUACCAAGGAACAUGUAUGAUUAGUGCAACUCGGGACUGAUUUCUUUACUGUUCACUCUACAAUACAACACUAUUUGUUUACAAGAUAUUGAAAACUAUCGGUUUCUAUAACCUUUGCAGAUCUAAUGUUAAUUAACUGAAGAUCCUUCUAUCUUCAUUUUAGAAUCAAAUCUUAAUUUAGCCAAUUGCUUCUUGAAGAAAAUGAAAGGGUUUACAAUUAUUAGUAAUUUGAGAGGUGCUUUUUGGCUGGCUUUCAUUGUUUCAUCUGCUUAUGGACCUAUGCCAACAGCAAGUGCUUGUUUCCGAUGCGGCGCCUCCGAUCACACACUUACCCAACGUAUGACAGCCACUGAAAGUCUAAAUAAAUUAAUGGUAAGUAAAUCACAUUUUUAAAAUAAAGGUUACUAAAUACUAACACCAGGUUUGCAAUUGCAGGCCUAUUUUUUUUUUAGUUCUACAUGAUGAUUUUUUUAUUUUUUUUUUAGUAACAGGAAUUCAAAUAGGGCUAAUACUAAUACUAAUUACUAUAGGCAUAGGCCAUGACUAUAGGCAUAGGCCUACAAUUAGUAUUAGUACUAUUAGUACUAAGUAUUAUUACUAUUAAUAUACACUAUUGACUAUUUAUUUAUAGACCUCCCUCCACCUAAAUUGCGUUCGUUUUCUUUUAAAUAAUUCAAUUAGACUACCUGCAACUUUCAGUUAUAAAAUUUUAUAAGGCAUUCUUUCAAAACCUGUUUUUUAGACAGAGAAGUUGAAAAUAUAUAAUAUUAAUUAAUAAAAUAAGUUGAGAAUUGAGAAUCUGUAAAAGAAAAAAAUUGUAGGCCUAAGUUUUCUAUGCAUGGUUUAAGUUUAAGUUUAACACCCAGAUGUUCACAUAAUGAGCCUGCCAUUGUUUUAGUGUUAGGACAAUUUUUUUAACCUUCAAUUUCAGUUGUAUUUCCAUUAUCAAACAUUUAAAUAUUGAUAUCUUGUUUAUUGUUUCAUCAGACAGAUGUAAAAACCAAUGAUAAAAUUUGGCUCUUUGCUGUUGAUGGCAGGAAAAGGCCAUAUAACUUUCUGUAAGUCUUGAUUAUUCUUUUUUCUUUUAAAAAGUAGAUCUUACAGGAUGAAUAAAAGCUGACAGCAUUUAAGAUUUGAUUUUAUAAAUAUUAUAUGAUAUUCCCAUAAGAUGUCAAUUACAAUUUCUUUUUAACAAAGGACAAGCUCUUUUCACUUAAAAUCUCUGUGACAUUACAUUGAAUGUAUUUAUUAAUGAAUAUAUUUUUGUUUCAGUGAUGCUAAUGGAGUCCUUGUUGGUUUUGAUGUUGACAUCAUUAACAAAGGUGCUUUAGAAUUAUGCAAAUUAAUUACAUCAGACAUCAGAGUAAACUUUUCCAUCCCACGUGGCAAUCACCCAUAGCUGAGGAUGACCCUAGACCACCUGGGGUUUAAUAUGCUUUUCAUAUUUAUGAUAUUUGGAUGGGAAAUAUUUAAAAUGUAUUUUGUUUUAAAUACUAGUACAUGCAAAUUUUGGGUAUCCAUGAAGUCAUGCACAUAACAUUUAUGACUGUUUCACCCUGGCCCUCAUGCAGGAACAUCAUGUCAGGUUUUUUCAAGAGGGGGGAAGACUAAAACUUGCCGGCUUGUUGAGUUGUUUAUUACUGGAGGUGCCACCACAACAUAUAAAUAUAGCAAUUUAAAUGAAACCUGCAAAUUCAGGUGUGACUAAUCCCCCCCCCCCAACCAUCCUACCCAAGUAGUACCACCACCCUCAUGUCUCCUCUUGGUCCCUGCCCACCCAAAAAAACAACACUUUCAAUCUCCACAACUCACUGGUAGUCCUUUUACCUUGACCCUAUCCUCUACCACAUUAUCCACCCUUGCCCAUCUCUUUCCUCAUUAAUCCCAAUAUCUCUUAUACUGACCCUACUUAAAAGUAAUUUACUUAAAAUUUAAAUUGUAAGCCUUACAUGUAAGUUAAUGUAAAACAUUUUUUGUUGUUCAGUUUGCAGUAUUAUUCAAAAGCAGUGCAAACUAGUUUUGGCACAGUUCACAGAAUGCACCAUUACAAACAGAAAUAUUAACUACCCAGGCAGGGGUAAGUUUUUUUCCAUAUAUUUUUCCAGUUUGUGUUAUGGAUAUAAUUCAAAUAAAAGUAAUUAACAUAAUAUAUAAUCUUUGUAAAGUAAGUUGGCCUAUAAGGUUUUCUUUCUCAAAAGUUGUUAUUUGUGUUAUCACUAUUUUAUAAUUAACUGAAGAUAUCUCAAUCUCUAAGGUGAAAUUUCUCGAGUUAUAAAAAAAAUGAUGCAAACUUAAGGUGGGGCAUAUUUUUUCUAUCGCCAGGAUUGAUGUCAGAAUGGUUUGAUGGAUGCCCCGGCUAUGCCAUGUCGGUUGACAGAGCAGGCGCAUUUGAUUUUACAGACCCUUAUCUGGCAACAGAAUCAUCAUUCACUGUGUUGCAAGGAAACCCAUCAUUAUUUGACCCAGAUUCCCAAGACUAUUCAUCUUUCACUUUGAGUGAGUUUUCUAUAUCAAUCAUUAUUUUCACUAUCUGUUAUAAACUUACUAACAACAGAACACAAAAUCAGUCAAAUGUACAGUAGAAUUCUUUUUUUUUUCAAAAUAGGCCUAAUUGUGAGUAAGUGCUAUUUACAAAUAGGUAUGAUUAAACUUUUUGUUUGGUGGGAAAGGAUCAUAAAAUGUUUAUAACCAAUUGUUUUAAAUGAAAUUUUUAGGUCUGUUUCUCAUAUCUCUUGUUAUUCUACUUCAAUGAAAAUAGUAUUAAGAAAAUAUGUAUCACAUGAUUGAAUCUUGUUCUCAUUUUACAUGAUCUAAAUAGAUUAUAUUAACUCGUGAUAUUACUUGAUGUUUUCUGUCUAACCUACCAGCACAUCUUAAUGGAGCAGUCACAAAUGCGCUUUGCCUGGCUAGACUGAAAAAGACGUUCGGAAAUAUUAUUGUGGCAGCCAAUUUACCAGAAGCCAAAGAGCUACUACUGAAUGGAACGGUAUGUUUGAUCAUUUUAAAACUACAGUUUAGAUGUCAUUUGUUGCUUAUUUCGAUGCUUAAAGCACAUUCAAAUAACACAAGUGUUUACAUUUUUCAAAUAAAACAGUUUAUGAAUAUUUAUGAAUUUCACUUGAUAUAAAUUACGUUUAUGCUAAGUUUUCUUGUGUUAAAAUUCGACAGAUUUUAAUUUUUUAAGUAACUUUUAAAAUACAAUGUCAGUAUUUAAUAAAUUAUCUUUUCUGUUUAUCUUAGGCUGAUGUCCUUUUCUCUCCUAGAAAUGCCAUAGACGGCCUGGAAGUUUUGCCUCAAAGAGUGCGCUGUGACAGUGGUGGAGUUGGCAUCAUGCUGAAGAAAGGCAGUCAGCUCUCCGCUUGGUGGAAUCCUGCAUACGAAACUUUUGUAUUAUCUGGUGGAUAUGAAGAGUUGUGUUUGCAGAGUCAAGUCAAAUAUAAUGGUACGCCUGUCUUAUCGACUUUUUGUGAUUCUGACUGCUUUUAAAAUUGUUUAAAUAAAAAUAUGUGUUCUCAAUUGGUUCCAUAAUAUUUGUUUCUUAAAAAAAAUAAAAUAUUAAAAAUUAAGCCGGCUGCAAUAAUUACUAAAAGAAAAUCUUUGUCUAUUAGAAUGCUAAAUAUUUUCACAUUGAUAAUAUUUAAAGCUUUCUCCUAUUUUCAUUUCUUUGUUUAAUGAAACGGAACUUUACUUAGAAAAGCCUUUGAAAUUUGAGCUACCGUUAACCUCCAUUUGGCCGGUUUUAUUUUAUAUUUACUCCUUAAUUAUAAUUUUUUGUCCAUUAUUUUAAUUCUAGCAACGAUUGAUUGUCUUCCACCAACGUAUGCUGCUAACCUGAUAGAAAUGAAUGACCUGAGCUUUGAUCCCCAUUCAAUCCCUCAGGUAUUGGCAUUAUCUCUGUCACUGUAUCAUUGUUACAGUUCUAUGAAUGACGUUAGCUUUGAUCCCCAUUCAAGCCCACAGGUAUUGGCAUUAUCUCUGUCACUGUAGCACUUUUACAGGACUGAAAAUGUCUCUAGUUUCUAUAUAAGUUGAUUUUCAAUUUUUUUCUCGGCUUUUUUUAUCUGUUUGCACACAUUUUACGUGAGAUCCUUUAGGCAAUAUUUAAAGUUUUUCAAACAUUUUCAUGAACACCGGGGACCUGAUUCUUCAUAAUAACUUCUUGUAGGAGUUCAAGUUAUAUUCCAUCUUUCUGUCUUCGAGAAAUGAUGGAGUAGCCCUGAACACUUAAUCAAAUAGCUUACUUGGCCAUUCCUGGAAUGGCAGUCUCGGCUGCAUUUCUUGCAUGAGAUCCUUGACUCCUGGUUAAAUUUGGGCCCUUUUUGUUGCAAGGGCUUUUUUUUUGCACAUCUUCUGCCUUUUUGACUCCUUCAUUCUGUUCGCCAGCUGGAACUGUGCUCAGGGAUGAUCUCCUACUCGUUGAUUUUUAUGUUUGCGAACGUCCUUAAAUAGCAUCUGCGGCCGACCAAUAAGUCUUGCCCUAUGGAAGUUCAAGUAAUGGUGCAUAUGUUCUAUCCUGAGCUGAUUACCAAUGUACCAGAAUAUUCCUGGUACAAAUUUGAACAUAAGGGGAACAAAUUAUUUCUACAAAAUAAUUUUUUGUUUUUGAAGGUGAAUGACCCUAAAGUCUGGCUGUUUACUGUAAGUGGCAGGAGAAAGCCUUUCAAUUUUCUGUAAGUUGUUAACAAAUAGUUAAAUUAUUAUGUGAUGGAUUGGCUCAAGCAAAUGUGUUAAUAUCUAACAAUAAUUCCUAUAAAUUACCUCUAUGUCAGUUCUAAACUGUAUGCUUAAUUCUUUUCAUCAACAGUGACAGUGAAGGUGUUCUAACAGGUUUUGAUGUUGAUUUUGUAAACGCAGGUUGGUAGGCCCCUAAGCACUUAAAAAUUAUCACAAUGCUCGUCUAUAAAUUAUCUUACAAAGUAUUCAGUAGUAAUAAGUAGUAUAUAUUAUAUUAUUAUGUCAAGUUCCCCUUUCUGUAAUUAAAAUUAUUUCAGGGACAUAUGAUUUGAAAAUAAAUCCAGCUGAGUUUGAUUGUUUUUUUCUUUUCAGUUUGUACAUUUGCCAAUAAAAAUUGUGCAACAGUUUUAUCAGAAUUUACAGAAUGUUCAUUUACGGAUCGCAACAUCAAUUAUCCAGGCAGAGGUCAGCUCAUAACUUAAGCAGAUAAACAUGUUUUACUCUUCAGGCUUUUAUUUGCCCGCUCUUGUACGAUCCACUUUGUUAUUUGAAAUACUAUGCUUACUUUUCUGUGCGGUAGGGCUGGAUGCACUAAUAAUGGGACUCACUGUUUUAUGUCACUAUUUUAUUGUAACUCAAAGCAGUGAAAUGUUGACUUUCUCAAGCUAACAACUGAAAAAAAUAUAAGCACCAUUAGUCAUUAAUUAUGGCUAUGUAAAAUUAGCAAUGCAACAUUCAAAUGGACAGCUCUCUAACCAUAUCCAGGUCUAAUGGAUGGCUGGUUUGAUGCUUGCACCGGUUAUGCUGAUUCCCUGGACAGAGAAAACGCCUUUGACUUCACUGAUGCAUACCUGAGAUCUGGUGCCUUCUACUCGGUGGUUCCAGGAAAUCCAUCAGGAUUUAAACCAGACCUGGAUGACUUUUCUCCCUUCACAUUCAGUAAGAUAUCCAUGGAUUCUUCAUUCACUGUAAUUUAAAGAAUAAUUAUUUUCUAUUUUUAGAAAUAAAAAUGACAAAAAGCUUCAGUUAAAAUGUUUACAUUCAAGAAAAUGUAAGGUCAUGUGACUUGUCUGCUUGCUGUGUAAAAGAGUCAGUGUCUUCCUUUCAUUCACUUUGCACUGUUAAAUGUUUUGUUUUUAGUUCAUUUGACGGGAGCCUACACCAAUGGACAGUGUUUGAAUAGACUAAAUAAAACAUAUAAUAAGAUCAUCAUUGCCAGUAACUUACCUGAAGCCAAGGCCAAGCUCCUCAGUGGAGAGGUAAGGCGUUAAUUUAGCUGCUUUGUCAUUACAAUUUUUACGACAAUUUUUACUUCAUUUCAGUUGGAAUGGUGUAAUUAGCUACAAAUGUUGAAUUAAAAAAAAAUAAAUAAAUGUAACAAAUCUUUGAUUUAUUUAACAUCGUGUUGUUGAUUAUGGGCAAGGCAGUAGUUGUUUUUAAAAUUUUGUACCAAUUUAUUUAUAGAGUGUUUUAUUAGUAGUGAUGGGUCUCUUAGACUGUUCUUUGAUGCAUUUUAUUGGUGGUUAGCCAAUGAGAGUCCAUUUCUUUAUGAUGUAAAAAGAAUUUUGUUUUUAAAACUGAUGAGAGAAAAGUUUGUCUAGGUUUCACUGAUUUGGUUAAAACGGGCAUUUAAUCUUCUGCAGGCAGAUGUUCUGUUUGCCCCCCGCAGUAACAUUCCAGACCUUGAGACGCUACCUAUAGAAGUCCACUGUGAGCGUACAGGCUCUUCCAUCAUGACCAAGAAAGGCAGCGCGUUGGUCUCCUGGUGGAAUGAAGCCUUUAGGUCAUAUGUCCAGCAAGGAUUGUUCAGACAGUUGUGUGCUGAGAGUGUGUUUAAAUAUGGAUGUGAGUCUUUGUGCAAACAUGUUAAAUAAGAUCUGUUGUGUUGAUAUAUUUAUAUCGCCAUCUAUUCCUCUUUUGAAGCAGUUACCAAACAAAGAAGAUUUCUCUUUUUUAUAACUUUCUAUUUCCUCCUUUUUGUACACCCUCAAUGCUGGAUUUAGUGUUCGUCAUCUUUGUGAUUGGAUUUCACUAGUCCUUUCAAUCCAAAAAUCCCUAUAUUUAUUUUAGUUAUUGGGUUUUUCUGACUGGAUGAAUACAAAACAAAUGUUUUUAUCGAUUAGAUCUCUUUAGUACUUUGACAUUUAAAAAAAAAAAUCUUUUCAUUAAAAUCAGAAAAAUCACUUUUAUUUCCAAAAAUGAUGUGGAAGUCUUAAACAUCAAAAACAAUUAUUUUUAAGCAAAAAACAUGCAGCAUAAAAUCUAUGCAUGCUGUUGUGUGAGGAGGAGGGGGCGGUCUGCACUUUUUUCUUUACAAAAAUGGGUGCCAAAGAUUUUUAGUGGAAGGGUGCGGCAUAAUCUUGGACCAUUCCCUGGCCUGACUAAACCUAGCCGAUUUAUGAAUAUGAUUUUGUGAAUGAAGGAGAAAAAGUUUUUAAAGAAUAUUUUGAAGGGUGGGCCUUUCUUGAAAUACAUUGCAUUUGUAUCAACUGGGUUAUUGAUUAAUAUUUUUUACUGUCAGAACAAAAUUUCCAGGAAACUUGGAGUGGUUUGAUUUUAAUUCAAGAAAAGACUAACUAUGUAACAUUUCUCUGUUUCAAAGACUGACUAUGUAACAUUUCUCUGUUUCAGAUCCCAUUUCCUGCCUCACAGCAUUUGAUGGACAACAUAAUUAGAGCUCUUUGGUGUUGCCAUCUUUGUGUGCCUGAUGUUCAUGUUAAGCAUUAAAACUUAAGCAUUGUAAAAGAAGUGUCACUGUCUUUUCUCUUUUAAGACUUGGGAGUUCUCAAUGUUUUUUUGUUUUUUUUUAAACAGCGUUCAGAUUUCAAUGUUGUUAUUUGUAUUAAAUUAUAUGUGAUAUAGAAAU